UUCACGAGCGCACCAGUCGCCCAUCCGCUGAAGGGAUGCAAGCUCUGUGGACAAACAGCUGCUACCUUGACAGAGAAAUCCUCGACAAGUAGCGAACACUUGGAUAAACAGCGAGAGAAGGUUGUGAACUUUUGAGUUUAUACCACUUGAAUACUUUCAACAUGAAUUAGGGAUACGUUUCUAGAACCUGUGGACAUAUGUGGCGAUUGUUUCCUGCUUGUGAAAAAUAUAUGGAUAACUAUAGGUUGCUAGUAUGGCGGAUGAUGUCCCAAAAUGAACACAGAUUUACAGAAGCGACUCCAAGUUCCCCAAUCAAAGAUCCGCAGUCACCUAACGAUCAAGGUACAGUCCAAACUGAUGUCAAAGCCUUGUCCCUCUACCCGGGGUCCCAAACCUCCCAUCGCCCCAAAGCCCAGACCCUCCUCAUCUGAAACAGAACCAGAGGAGGAGCAGUGCCCCCCUCACGGUUUGAGCAAUGGAGACCUGACCUCGUCAGAGGAGGAACCUGAGGACCCCCAGGAGGGGGCAGAGGACCACAUAACCCACCCCACAGAACACAACCAGGAGGAAGCAGAACCAGAUAACCUCAAUGACAUCAGAGCUGAUUAUGGGGAGAAUGAGGGAGAGGGAGAGGAUGAGGUAGAGGGAGAGGGAGAGAGGUAG